AUGAGUAAAAGAAAUAAUAGUCUUGCAGAUAGAAAGAAAUCCAAAAGCAAAUUAAAGACAGCAAUAUCGUAAAGAAAAAAUUCUGAUUCACAAGAGAAUAAUUUCUAUUAUGAAUUCCAAAAUUUCUAUAAUCAAGCUUAGACCACCACUUUUAUGAAGUUUGAAUACAUGAAAGAAUUUUUUAACUUAGGUCUUACAGAAUUUCCGACUGAUGAAGAAAUUAAUUAAAUAUAACUUGAGAUUCUAACAACUAGUGGAUGGAAUACAAAUUUAAAGAAAAAUUGGACAUUAAAUGAAAAGAAAGUACUCAUUUGGUUAGUUGGGAAACUUAGCUAAUUAAGAAAUGAAGACUUAAGAGAUUUAUCUGCUGAACUUUUUGAAGAAGUUUCAAAAAUGAUAUGUCGUAGAGAUAAGGAAUAAUGUAAAUUAAAAUGGACUUAAAUGCAAAAAGUUGCAUUGUAAUAACAACCUUUUAGACCUGAAGAAGAUAAAAAGUUAUAUGAAAUUAUUAUGCAAUAUUAAUCAAUUGAUUAGGGGUAAAAGUGGAGUCAAAUUUCAUAAGAAUUAAAUUAGAAUUCAACUGUUUAUCGCUCUAGUAAAUAAUGUCGUGAAAGAUGGUUAAAUCAUCUCAAUCCUAAAAUAUCAAAGUAUCAUUAAAUUAAUACUAAAAAUAGAGAACCUUGGACUGAUGAUGAAGAUAUAUAAUUAUUAACUAUAGUUAAAGAGAUGGGUAGAAGAUGGGCAGAAAUUUCUAAAGUUAUGGAUGGAAAAAGAAGCGAGAACAAUUUAAAAAAUAGAUUCAAUAGUUUAUUAAAAAAAGAAAAAGAUUUACCUUAUCUGUAAUAAUUUAAAUAUUCUAUAUAUUUAGAUAAACUUAAAAUGGAUCAGUCACUAACUUAGAUGAUUUGUUAUCUGGCUAUACUGGACCUGAAAUAACAGAUCUACAAAGAUAAGUAAUUGAAGCUGUUUUGGCUAAGUUAAAAUGGAGAAGUUCAGAAACUUAAAAUAAAAACAAUCACAAAAAAUCAAUAGACAUAUAAGAAUUAUAAAAUAAUCAUGUAAAAUCUACAUUCUAAUAAUAAACUUCAUAUACUAUUGGAAAUAUUGAAUAAGAAUAUGAUAUUCAAGGAUUAACUCCUUGUUUAGUAAAUGUAGAUAAAAACAUCAUUUAUUUUUGUACUCAUGAAAUUCUAGAAUAAUUUUACGACUUUCAUCAAUAAAAACAACAAUAAUAAUUUAAAGAUCAUCUCCAUAGAAUUAAAAGUGAAUUACAUAUCUAUGAUACAGGAUUCCAAAAUUUUAAAUCUACUCUAAGUAUGAUAGAAGAAAUCGACGAUUCUUAAAGAAGUCAUUAAAAUCUUUAUACAAAUGAUAUAGAUGGUUUUUUCAAUCUCGAAACACCUCAAACAUUUUCUUAACCUGUUUAUGUAAAUCCAAUUGAGAUUAUCACUCAUUCCGCCAUGAAAUACAUCCACCGAUGGAAAACUGAU